AUGAGCUUUGUUGAUGGUUUGCAAGCUAGAGAUGCCAUCACAGAUAAUGCAGUGGAAAAUGAUUGGCAAAUUCAUUUCAAGAGAGCAAACAAGAAACAAUUUGAAGCAGCUUGUCAUGAUCCUUGUGCAUGGUUCUGUUCAGGUAGUUUGGUUUCUAAAAAUGGUGUUGUGGUAAUAAAGAAAUCGGAUGAUGUUCACACUUGUCCAAGAGCUGUGAGGAAUAAGCUUGUCACAUCUACUUGGAUUGCUAGCAAGUAUUUACAUGUCUUUAGGCUUCAUCCUUCAAUGAGCUGCAAAGAUUUGGGUAGAGACCUGAUGCAAAGGUAUGCUUUUGAUGCAACAAAGUGCAGGUUGUAUCAUGCUAAGAGGAAGGCCAUUGAUAUGUUGGUGGACACUGUGGAAGAGCAUUAUGCAAAGUUAAGUAGCUAUACUUUGGAGUUUUGUAGAUCUGACAGAGAGGGCAGGUUUGAACUGCAUGUGGAUGUAGGUGCAGUAUUUAAUGCAAUGUAUAUUGGGUUCAGUGGUUUAAAAAAGGGUUUCAUGGAGGGAUGUAGGAGAGUCAUUGGGUUAGAUGGUGCUUUCCCAAAGACUUAUCUAGGAGGGAUCUUGCUGUCAGCUGUAGGGACAGAUGGUAACAAUCAGAUGUACCCUAUAGCAUGGGUUGUGGUUGAAGUUGAAAUGAGCUUUGUUGGAGGCCUUGAGAAUGCUGUGAAGGAGAUUAUUUCAAUGGCUGAGCACAUAAAUUGUGCCAGAAAUAUUUAUGCAAAUUGGAAGAAAACUCACAAAGGUCCAGCAUUGAAGCAGCUUUUCUGGAAGCUACUUAGAAGUACAUACAUGCAGGAGUAUGUUGGUGCAUGUAGAGAGUUAGAAAAAGAAGAUGGAUAG